AUGGUGCCCACAAUGCCAGAACCUCAUGUUCUUAAUCAGAUCAUCAUCUCCCCUUCCGACACCGACUACCUCGAUCAGCUCAUCCCCUCAAUCAGAGACUACAGCGUUGGCAAUCGCACUCCACAGCUGUUACAAUCUCUGUCGCGCUUUGCAGCAGACAAAGAAGCCGAGAUCGAAAGCAUAUGUAACACAAACCACCAAGAAUUCGUCUCCUCCGUCAAUUCCCUCCUCCAAAUCCGAGAAGGUACCGUCAGUCUAACUGCCGAGAUCCUCGACCUCAAUCAAUCCAUUCAAACAAGUACCGAGCGCCUAGCCGAACAGAAGAAAGCCCUAGUCGAAUCCCGCGGCCACCGUCAGAACAUCGACGAGACAUCCCGCGCGAUCCAGGAUUGUCUCGAAGUCUUACGCCUCGCGAACCAAGUCCAUGAUUUGCUAGCCAAGAAGAACCAUUAUGCGGCCUUACGCGCCCUGGAAGAGCUACAGAAUGUUCAUCUCAAGGGUGUUACACAGUACAAAAUUGCGGAAAUGAUCCAACGCUCGGUGCCGGCCACCCAGCGCGCGAUCGCAGAGGCGGUCAUGUCCGAUCUCAAUACCUGGCUCUUUCACAUUCGAGAAAUGUCUCCCUUUCUGGGUGAGCUAGCUCUUUUCCGCACAGAUCAACGCAAAUCGAGGUUAAAGGAGCGCGCGGAACAAACUCCGUACUUGGAACAUUUUAAUCUCAACUCCGCGAUCGAAUUAGUUGCUGAUGAAGACGAGGAGUAUAACCUCCUGCAGAAUGACGAUCUGCAAGUCUCAUUCACCCCGCUUUUUGAGUGCCUACACAUUCACCAGUCUCUGGGGCAGAUGGAUAAGUUCCGAAUCGAGUAUGCUGGCACGCGUCGCCGCCAAAAAGACCUUCUCCUUCCUGCUUCCGUCACUCUUGUUGACGAGGGCGGCGCAAGUCUACACAAUCUGCUGGAAGAAAUGGCCGGCUUUGCAAUUGUAGAGCGAGCUACCAUGAUGAAAGUUCCGGAUCUACGAUCCUCUGUGGAUGUAGAGGAGCUUUGGGACUCGAUGUGCCAGGGUGCCGUUGGCAUUAUCUCAAAGGCCCUCCACGCGGUCGACAAUGCAGAGAGCAUCUUGAAAACUAAGAAUUUGAUAGCCUUGUUCAUGCAAACGAUGAAUACGUGGAACUUUUCGGUCAGGGUGUUUGACGAUUUCCUGCUUAGGCUCUUCGAGAAGUAUGCAGAACUUCUGAAGAGACGAUUUAGCGAUGAUUUCCAAGAGAUCGUGUCUACAGACGAUUACAUGCCGAUGCCAAUACAGACCCUGGAGGAAUACGACAAAGUUCUUAAUGUGAGCUGGUAUGCUCCAGAGGCAUCCCGCGAAGAGCAAGUGUUCCCAUGUAUCUUGCCCUUCUCCAGGAUGUACCCCCUGUGUUGUAUCGAUAUUCGGAACUUCCUGAAUCAGUUUUAUUUCUUCGCCAAUGACGAUUUCUCUCAUCCCAGCGUAAUCGACGAUACAUUGAAAGAUGCCGUCGAUGAUCUUCUCUCGCGGAAGGUCUGCGAUACACUAGUCGAACGCCUCUCCUCCCAAUAUUUGGGCCAAAUCGUCCAGAUUCUAAUCAAUCUGGAACACUUCGAGCUAGCAUGCCACGAGCUGGAACUAUUGCUUGCAGCAGCUCGGUCCCAAAAUUCCACCGGCACCUCAAUUACUCUCCGCGCAACCGAGAAAUUCCGAAGCAACAAGAAAGCCGCCGAGAAACGGAUCUUCGAGGUCGUCAAUUCUAAGAUCGACGACCUUGUCGAAACAGCCGAAUACGAAUGGAUGGCCACGACCCCGCCCAGCGAACCAAGCAAUUACAUGCAAACCCUGACAAGAUUCCUGUCCAACAUCAUGAACUCCACUCUUCUCGGACUGCCGACCGAAAUCAAAGAACUCAUCUACUUCGACGCGCUCAGCCACGCAGCGAACAUGAUUUUGUCUCUACCAAUGGCCCCAGAAGUGAAAACCAUCAAUCCAAACGGCGUCAUCGCACUAGCCAAAGACGUGGAGUAUCUUUCUCAAUUCGUGGAUAGUCUAAAUAACCCGAUCCUGCGCGAAAACCUCGACGAGCUGCAACAAACAGUCCAGCUCAUGCAGGCGGAUAACGCGGAUGAAUUCUACGACAUCUCGACCCGGAAUAAGAAAUACGGUCGUGUCGACGCUAUGCAAGGGCCGGUUCUCUUGGAAAAGCUUACUCGGACCGUGCAAGCGCCGACGAAGGUGGAUAAAUUUGCGAACCUUUCUUCGCGAUUCAAGAAGACUUCGAGUUGA